GUUUGGUCUACUUAAACGCCAAAUAACAGGAGCACUUUUUAUACAAUAGGUCAGACUAUGCUGUAAAUAACAUUUCCUAGUUUUAUUUAAAUUAUAUAUUUAAGAGUUUAUUCACGUUUACAUUAAAUAAAAUGAUAAACAAAACAAAAAAACGCGACCGCGUUGAGUGUGACGUCAAUUUUAUGCGCCAGGCGAGGUAUUUUCUUGUUCAGUUGAAUGAGACGCUAGGAGGCUAAUUACAAAGAUGCCUCUACCACCAGCUCUCCUCGCUCGUCUGGCCAAGAGGGGAAUUGUCAAACAUUCAGACCAUGCUGAAGAAGAAAUCAUUGCUGAGGACUAUGAUGACAACAAUGUAGACUAUGAAGCUACAAGGAUCGAAAAUCUACCAACCAACUGGUACAAGGUUUUUGACCCAAACUGUGGACUUCCGUACUACUGGAACGUGGAGACGGACUUGGUGUCCUGGCUGUCCCCGAAUGACCCGACUGCAGUCAUCACUAAAGCAGCAAAGAAGCAGAGAGUGGAGAUUGCAGACGACAGAGGGGACGGGCACCACGAGAAGCCAGACAGGGAGCGUGAUCGUGACAAGGAGCGGGAGCGAGACAGAGACCGGGACCGCGAUAGAGAUGAAGGAAGAGACCGGGACAGAGAAAGAGACAGGGAUAGAGACAGAGACCGGGAUCGAGACAGAGAUAGAGAACGGGACAGACGAAUGAGAAGAGAGGACAGCAGCCCAUACAACAAAUCAAAGAGAGGUGGAAGCCGCAAGCUGGAUGAAGUGGAUCCUAUGGAUCCCAGUUCCUACUCGGAUGCACCAAGGGGCUUGUGGUCCACCGGGCUGCCUAAGCGUAACGAGGCCAAGACAGGAGCGGACACGACGGCGGCAGGUCCCCUGUUCCAGCAGAGGCCGUACCCCAGUCCCGGAGCCGUGCUUAGAGCCAACGCUGAACACACCAGACGUCUGGAGGAGGAGGAGGAUGAGGAUGACUAAGGAGGACGAAAGCAUCUGUAGAGCCUUCAUGAGAAUCUGGAGAAUAAUAAUUACGACCAACCUACGAAAAAAAAAAACAACACACACAGGCUGCCCUGGACUGACUAUAAACAAGUUACGUGUGUUAUUUCAUGCCCCAAUAGUUUUUUUAACAGCUCCGAUCCUGUGACUCCCUUCAACACGUUUUACACACCGUCUGCUUCAGUGUUUCUCUAGAACAUGAAGAACAUGGUCUAUAACAGCUCUAUGGGUUUUCAUCCUGCCUCUCUAUCCAGGUGUAAAGUCAACUCUUCAUGUGUCAGAUCAGUGUGUUUGUAAAUCGAACUGUGUAUUAUAAAUUUUUUAGUGAAGCAGUAAUUGCAGUGCUGCUUUAUACUGUUGACCGACCUUUAAUAUGUACGUUUGAAUUUAUGUGCUUGUUUAAAUCCUCGAUUUUUGUUUAAAAUAAAAAAAACAAAUCCUAAUCCUAUAGUUAAGACUUAUGUGUAUGCUGUACUAUGAUUUGUUUUAAAAAUAUGUUUGGAUUGAUGUCAGUUUGAGGAAAAACAGUACAGUAAUUGAAAUCCCUAUCUUGAUAAAUUAUAAUAAAAUCCAUACUGUUCCCAAAUAUUGCAUAGGUUUAGUAAGCUUAGAAAUCAGUGAGCUUGUGGUAUCUAUUUCAGUGGCGGCCGGUCAAUAAGGGGUGCUGGAGUGCCACGCCCUUAAAGUUAGGCAGAGAUGAAUGCUACUUUAAC